GGAUCGGCGUCCGUUUGCAGAGUUACUGGGAGCUCAGCCAGGCAGCUCCCCAGACAUUGGAGCAAGUGUGAAGGUGAAGUUUCUGGAAUCUCACGUCUGUCCACUUCUCCAAGGAGCUAUCCCCAGCAUUACGCGGUUCCAGAGCCUGAGACCAUCGAUCAAGUCUUCCUCUUUGUAUCCAAUCAGCUACAGGCAGGCUUCUUGGCCAUGUGUCCCCCAGUCAACGUUCGCCAUGGGCUCAAGGGCAUGUCCUGCCUCUAUGCGGCCUGGCUAUAUCAGCUUGUCCACGGAGACCAGAUGAAGAUCUGCUUUGCUUGCUUCAAGGCAGCUUUCCUGGUAGUUAAAAACAUGCUGGAGAUGGGAGACUGGGAAGAGGAAGAGUGGGGUGCCGAGCCCAUGGAACUCUCGGAGGCAGGAUCCGAGCCGGAGGAAUGGCUGGGGCUCAGCUGGGGAGAGGGCCAAGGGCAUCUGUCGCAUGGCAACUCUGUUUCCACAGGUCCUGGCAUCCUGACGUCAGGCCCUGUAGGGACAGAGGGAAUAGGGUUGGGACCCCAGCCUGUCCCCACUGAGCUGGGGCCUCAGGAAGCUGUACCCCUGGACCUGGGCCCUGAGGAUGCUGAGUGGACCCAGGCUCUUCCCUGGAGAUUUGAUGGCCUUUCUCCCUGUUCCCACUGGCUUAUCCCCCCUCUAUCCUGGUGGGAUGUUUUCAAUGUGAGCCCAUCUCCUGGACAACCGGUAUUGUUGGAGUUGAGCCCUACCUGGCCCAUGGAUCCGUUGGAAGCAGAAACCUGGUUGGUAGAUCUGAAGUUCGUCUUUCUGUUGGGUGGCUUCGAUGCCAUCUGCUACCUGCUGUCAAUGACUCCCUGUUGGGCUGUGAGGACCCGGGUCCAGCGCUGGCAGGUGUUGCUGGAACCUGGUGAGGUGAGGGUGGCCCAGCUUCAGAAUGCACCCGAACAACAGGACCUGCACCGCUGGAGGCUGAGCAUCCUGGAGUCCUCGGAGCUGGGGGUGGAGCUGGUGCCUGCCGACUGCACCUUGCGGAAGGGAGGCUUCAAGGUGCACUCCUACCUGCCCUGGCACAGUGACACCCCAGAGGACUGGGGCAGCGAGCCCGGGGAGAGGCUGCUUGUCGGAGAAGUUGUGUCUCUGAGGGAGCUACCCAGCUUCCGCUCCCCCUCCCCUGAUUCACAAAACUGAAGGACUGAAGGUCCAGCAGCCCCCGUUGACCUCUCCAUCCCAGGGUCCCAGGGACUGAAGUGCUAGGGGUUGCCUGUCCUCAACCACAGGUAUAAGAGGAUGCCCAUCAUCUUGAGGGGUGGGGCCUCAGGGAAACCAGGUUUAGUUGUCCUCAGUUGACUGUUGAGUGUUUGGAAGGUAAGCCCCAGCUUCUUGUGCAUCAAGUCUUAUGGGGGACAGGUCAUUGAUCCCUCGGCUGUUCUGCUAUAGGUGUAGGUGUGGACUCUACAAGUGUGGCACCCCAAGUCAGGUGUGGUUGACCAGUGCAUAUUCUGCACUGGGACCUUCUGAGGGCCCACGAGUCCUGGCUUCAGAGUUGACUGUUUAUGCUCUUUGUCAAGUUUCUGUCCUGUUGAGUGUUUCUGUUUAAUAAAGUUGUCAUCUUUUU